ACAACCUAUACUUAAAUAUAUUUUUCUUUUUUUAGGGAACAAAAGAAAGAAGAAAACAGUAUAAUAUUGGUCCUUGAAUGUGGAAGCAUCGACCUUGCAGGCUUCCUUCGMAAAAAUCGCAGUACUUUUACAGAAACAGAACUCAAGACSUACUGGCAACAGAUGCUGGAAGCCGUCAAUGUCAUCCACAAUGAAGGAAUCAUUCAUAGUGAUUUAAAACCCGCCAACUUUCUUUUUGUCGAGGGAAGAUUAAAACUGAUCGACUUUGGAAUUGCCAACUCUAUUCAGGCUGACCAAACAAGUAUACAGCGAGAUACUCAGGUCGGAACACUAAACUUCAUGUCGCCAGAAGCCUUCCAGGAUAUUUCUGGUUCAAUGAACCCCAACACUGGACGAUCACGACCAUGUACAAAGAUCGGUCGUCCUAGUGACGUAUGGUCGUUAGGUUGUAUACUAUACGCGAUGGUAUACGGUCGAACACCUUUCCAACACAUCACCAACCAAGCCAUGAAAUUACAGUGUAUCAUCGACGAGAACUAUGCAAUUGAUUUUCCUCCAAUCGGCAAUUCCAAGCUCCUUGACGUAUUAAAGGGUUCUUUGAUUAGAAAUCCUCGCGAACGUUAUACAAUCCCACAUCUACUACAGCACCCAUUUCUGUCUUCAGGAAAAGCCGCUGAGCCAAAUGAAGAACAACUUUUCAACGUCCUUCUAGAGCUAGCGCAGGCUCAUGUUAAUUCACCUCGUUCCAUUCGAGUUGCAAGCAAGAGUAUUUGUGAGCAACUACGGUCAGGUAAUAAAAUCGAUGUGUCCUCAAUUUUGGUGAAAAAGCAGCACCAAUCCCAGUAUGCACCACCCUCAGGACGUCAACCACUCGGUGGUCUGAGCAUGGGGUCCCUGCAGAUGCCUCAAGGUGCUCUCAAGUCAUCAGCACCAUAUAUGGGCAAUGACAGAUCUUACUUCGAUAAGGAAAAUGCUGACUUGCCAUUCACAUGAUGAUGUCUGCUUCCGACAUUUUUCCAAGAAAAAUAACAAUAGAAGUGAAAUGAUGCGUGUGAAUCACUGCUAUAAAUCACAACUAGGAAGUUAUGUUUUCGUGGUAUUAUUCCUCUCGAUGUGCAGCGAAGAGUUUCAAAAGAACUUUGUAAUCAGAUUUUUGCGAAGACAAUCUAGAUAAUAAAUUUAAUACAAUGUAAAAAAUGUGUCUUCGAACUAUGCCGUCAUAUGUUUACAGUAAGAAUAAAUUUGUUCCGGGAUUUCCCCAACUUUAUUUGACCAAUCGAAACUUCACGUCAUAUUCACAAGUAUAUAAAAGUCCUUCAUUUCAUUAAUUACCGAUUAAUUACCUCGAUAGUUGCAUACAAAUUAUGAUCAACUUACAUUCAAUACAAAGUAUUAAAAAUGCCAUAUUUAUUUCAUUGAUGGCGUGUUUAACGGUAAGCGAAAAAACUAUGUUUGGACAUUACUUCGACGAAUUUCAGCUGAUGAGGAAUCCAAGUACCCAAAAUUUCAGAAAAGGAUUUUACGAACUAAUUCAAUCGAAAGAAGACAUGUUUAGAUGUGAUUUGACUUGUUUAAAAGACUUUACAGAUGCUAUUGACCGUCCUGAUCUAUCUUCUAAGAUCACAAAGUACGAGUGCGAACUUCAAAUCAUUAUGAUUCUCUCACAAUAUGUUGACUUCCGAGACGGCAGUUUGCCCUCUCCGUCGAUGGCGUCCGAUAAUCAAAGAUCUGUUUCAAAAUAUCUGUCCGAGCUGAAAUUUUCAGAACGAUUAGAAAAGGCAUUAACCGAUCAAGCAACACAAGGAAAUACUUCAAGUAUUAGAAGAGACGUAGAAAUGUAUUGUGAAAAAGUAUGCAAAGGACAGCUGUCAUGGAAUGUAAUUCUGUCGAUAUUGUUGUUCUCCUGUGAAUUGGCGUAUAGACGUAUGUGUUUAUGUCCCGGACCCUCCAAGUUUCAGCGAUGGCUGUCAGACAUCGAUGAGAUAACGAUUGUUUUGCGGAAGACGAUUGUACCCUGGCUAGCGCAGAACGGAGGCGUCGGAAAGUUGGCAGUGUUUAUUGAUAAGCAAGAUCCAGUUAGAGCCCAAAGAAUGAAGAUCAUAAGCGAACAGAUCCAACAAAUGGUUCCGAUCUCCUAACGUUACCCAGAGGUUUUAUACACCACAAAAUACUGUAUAACACAUUAGACUUGUCACAUUGAAUUUGAAAUAAUAAAUGGACUUGACGCAUG